UCUUUGGUUACCAUUGGUUACAUCCCAAAGUUACAGAACAAUUCGAUGAAGAUAAAAAGUCGGAAAAAAUAUUUUUCGCGGACUCUUAUGAUUGCUAUUGACUGUUAAUAAGUAUGAAGAAAUGAUUUUCAGUAGAAAUAAUGUAGAUUUUGGAGUUGAGUUAACUUUCGGACAGUGCCUGAAGAUAAUGUAAUGAGCAGGGUUUCAUGUCAUGAUGUUCGCUGAUUGUCAAGAUGAUUGUCAACGGACAAUCAACAUAUUGACUCAAGAGUGAACCACAGUGACAAUGUGAAAGACCCCCAUGCUUGUUUCGGUGCUCCCAGCCACUGCUAAUUAUGAGAAAUCUGUCGGUCGUAUACUUCCUAACUGGAGCAUUGGGAAUUGUCGGUGGACACUUGUGUCCCACACCGUGCAGCUGUAAACUUGUGGGACCCCAAAAUGAGCGGCUCAGGGUUAGAUGUAAUGAAGAUAUUCAGAACAUUAAGGACAUUAAUAUCAACGCUGUCAGCAUAGAACUCUAUCAUCUGGAUUUGAGUAAAAAUAGUAUUUACUUUGUUGAAAAAGGAACAUUCCAGAAUUUGACGAAUUUGAAACGCCUGGAUCUCUCGACUAAUAAAGUUACAGCUCUGGACGAAGGAUGUUUUAAUGGAUUAGAAGGUUUAGAACGAUUAGAUUUGAGCAAAAACCAAAUUGCAUCCAUCAAUCCUUUGGUCUUCCGCCCAUUAUUAAAUCUGAAGAAACUUGACUUAUCUGCUAACAAAAUCAGCGCAGUAAAAACAACUUUAUUUCAUGAUUUGAUGGCCCUAGAACGCUUGAAUGAAGCCGUGAUUUUUUUGUAUCCAGUCCAGGCGUCAGAGGCUCAAAAUCAGUCGAUCGUGGAAAUAAUAUGUAUUGAAGAUGCUUCAGAAAAAUAUGUAGCAAAUGAAAAUAAAAAAUCCAGUGGCCGGGAUGUAGUGAGACAUGUAUCUACUCUCGACUUUAAGACAAACCUGAUAAAGAGAGCUGAGAAGAGGAACGAUGAGUGGGGAAGAAAGGUUAUGCACCGAAUUGGCGGUGUAAUUGAUCUGGUUGCCGCUGAGGGGAGAGUGAAGAAACGAGAGCAGCAGAAGAAUUGGGAGAAGCAUAAGCCAGUAGGGACGUUGAAGGAAUUGAAGAUGGAGAAAGAAGAGAUUGCCCUAUACAGAUGGAGGUAG